GUCCUAACCGCGAGUCGGAGUGUAUAUUCAAGUCACUCACAGCCCAAAAACACGUCAACGCCGUUACUCUCCUCCUCAACCACGCCGGCAUCAAAUUCCCAAACCCCUCCCUCUCUCUCUCUAUACAUAUACACACACACACAUACACAUACAUAUACAUGUAUUUCUCGCAUAUCUAGACUUGAUUGUAGUGACAACGAAACAGCUGAAGUGUAUCUCCGGCGAUUGCUUUGAUUUUUCCGCCGCAUUUCUCAGUAUCCCGUUCGAUCUCUGAUCUACUUCGAACAAACAUUUGCCAUGUCGAUAAGAACUGUCAAAGUCAGCAACGUUUCCUUAGGGGCAUCUGAGCAAGACCUCAAGGAGUUCUUUUCCUUUUCUGGUGAUAUUGAAUAUGUUGAAAUGCAGAGUGAUACUGAGCGGUCUCAAAUUGCAUUUGUAACCUUCAAGGAUUCACAAGGAGCAGAGACUGCAGUUCUUCUUUCGGGAGCGACAAUAGUUGAUCUAUCUGUAAACAUAACUCUGGAUCCAGAUUACAAGCUUCCUCCUGCUGCUUUGGCACCACCUCUUACAACAGAAAACAAAAGUCCAGGUGGUGGUGAAUCUGCUUUCCAAAAGGCAGAAGACGUUGUCAGCAGCAUGCUUGCGAAGGGCUUUGUUUUAGGCAAAGAUGCUGUCAAUAAAGCAAAGGGCUUUGAUGAGAAGCACCAGUUGACUUCGUCGGCCUCAGCUAAAGUCGCUUCCAUUGACAAAAAAAUCGGGCUUAGUGAGAAGAUAAGCAUUGGGACUUCUGCUGUCAAUGACAAAGUUCGGGAAGUAGAUCAGAAAUUUCAGGUUUCCGAGAAAGCCAAAUCAGCUUUUGCAGCUGCUGAGCAAAAAGUCAGUAGUGCUGGAUCAGCCAUAAUGAACAACCGGUAUGUAUUUACCGGGGCUACGUGGGUAACCGGUGCUUUCAAUAAAGUUGCAAAGGCAGCCGGAGAAGUCGGCCAAAAGACGAAAGAGAAAGUGGGUACAGCUGAAGAUGAACAGAGAAGGAAAAUGGUGGAUGACUUUGCUCAGGUUCAUUUAUCCGAGUCUCCUAAGGCUUCCGCGCCAAACGAGCAGCCGCCUCCGAAGUAUGAAGAGGUAAAAGGUUUGAUCCUCUGAUACUCUAAUUCUGUAAAUACCUUGGUCAAACUUUUGGUUUCCGUUGUCUUUGAUAUCUUGCUGCAUCCUUUUCUUAAGGAGUGGUGAAUGUAGAACAAUGUGCCAUUGUAGUUGGAUUCAAAUCACAUUGUUGUGUUGACUUCUUUAUUUCUUUUAUAAAUCUUAAAUAAAUUGAACUUUAAUGAGAUUUUCUGGUA